UGCUUUUGCGGGGUGUGGUCAUGUGACGGAGUUCAUGGUUAAGCUUUAAAGAGUCGGUUCUGUUGUUGCGGAAAUGGUGCGGAUACAUUGAAGAUAUACACAGGUUUCAAAUGUCUGAUAACAUUCACAAGGACUUCCUUGCUCCCGAGGAGCCUUUUCCAGUGCUCUUGCAGCAGGGAAACCUCAGUGAAGAUGGCACACUAGAUGUUAGUGACUUUGGCUGUCGGUUGUCCUCUUGUCAUCGGACAAACCCACUACACCGCUUCCACAGCAACAGAUGGAACCUGACCUCAUGUGGUACCAGUGUGGCAAGUUCUGAGUGCAGUGAGGAACUCUUUUCUUCUGUGUCUGUGGGGGACCAAGAUGACUGCUUCUCUCUGCUGGAUGAUCAGGAGCUCACGUCUUUUGAAUUCUUUCCAGAAGGAAGUGUCUGCAGUGAUGUAUCCUCUUCCAUCAGCACAUACUGGGACUGGUCUGACAGUGAGUUUGAGUGGCAGUUGCCAGGAAGUGAUAUUGCCAGUGGUAGUGACGUACUCUCUGACAUCAUACCCAGCAUACCAAGUUCGCCUUGCCUUGUAUCAAAACACAAGACCAAACCUCAUAGAAACCUGGAUGAAUUGCCCUGGAGUUCCAUGACCAACGAUGAACAGGUGGAGUAUAUUGAGUAUUUAAGCCGGAAAGUGAGUACAGAAAUGGGGCUGCGGGAGCAACUGGACAUAAUUAAAAUAAUUGAUCCAAACGCUCAGAUUUCUCCAACCGACAGUGAGUUCAUCAUUGAGCUGAACUGCCUCACAGAUGAUAAACUAAAGCAGGUAAGAAACUACAUCAAGGAUCACAGUCCACGUCAAAGGCCUGCAGGUAUGCGAGACAGCUGGAAGAGAAAUGUCCCCAGCAGUUCCAGUGCUGUAAGUGUGCAAAGUAGCAGCAAUGUCAGCAUGGUUAGUAGCACCAGCAGCAGCACUGGAUCAGUAAGUUCCCAUUCAUCCACAAGCAUCAGUUGCUCUCACAGUGAUGGCAAUUUAGCUUCUGUGGCUGAGCGCAUCAGAGAUUCUAAGAAACGCUCUAAACAGAGAAAACUGCAGCAGAAGGCUCUGCGUAAAAGACAUCUAAAAGAACAGAGGCAGGCUCGCAAGGAAAGACUGAGUGGUCUGUUCCUCAAUGAAGAAGUCUUGUCCCUUAAAGUCACUGAAGAGGAUGACCAUGGUGAUGACGUAGACAUCCUAAUGUGAUUAAAACAAAUUAUUCAUA